AUGAUUUGCUUGCAGUUCCUAUCUCUUCUUACCUAUGGACUCACAGUGCUGCAGGGGGUGAAUGGGUGGACAUACCAUUAUUCAGACACAAACAUGACCUACAGGGAAGCAGAGCUGUGGUGCAGAAAGAAGUAUACCAACCUGGUUGCCAUCCAGAACAAGGAGGAAAUCAAUCAUCUCAAUACCUUCUUACCCUUCAAUCCGGGUUACUACUGGAUUGGAAUCAGAAAAAUUAAUGGUGUGUGGACCUGGACUGGAACUAACAAAGAACUGACAGAAGAAGCAAGAAACUGGGCUUCAGGGGAGCCAAAUGGCAAAGGGAACAACGAGGACUGCGUGGAGAUCUACAUCAAAAGAGGGAAGGAUGAUGGCAAAUGGAAUGAUGAGCAGUGUGAGAAGAAGAAGGUUGCCUUGUGCUACACAGCUUCUUGCAACCCAUCUCUCUGCAGUGGCCAUGGAGAAUGCAUAGAGACCAUCAACAACUACACCUGCCAUUGCAACCCUGGCUUCUAUGGGCCUGAAUGCGAGUUUGUUGAGAGUUGUGAUCCACUAGAGAAACCUGACCAUGGGAGCCUUGAGUGCCACCAUCCAUUGGGGGACUUCAGCUACAACUCGUCCUGCACAGUUCAGUGUGAGGAGGGCUAUGAGCUGACUGCACUGGAGUCUGUGCACUGUACCUCUGCUGGGCUCUGGUCUGCCCCCCUUGCAGCAUGCAAAGCUGUGACCUGUCCUGCCCUGUACGUGCCUGCCCACGGGGCUGUGAACUGCUCCCAGCCCUCAGAGCAGCUCACCUGGGGAACCACCUGUGAGUUCAGCUGUGAGGAAGGAUUUACCCUGACAGGAGCAGCUACCCUGCAGUGUGGCUCUGCAGGGGCCUGGGACAGGCAGCAGCCACAGUGUGCAGCUGUGACCUGUCCUGCCCUGGACGUGCCUGCCCACGGGGCUGUGAACUGCUCCCAGCCCUCAGAGCAGCUCACCUGGGGAACCACCUGUGAGUUCAGCUGUGAGGAAGGAUUUACCCUGACAGGAGCAGCUACUCUGCAGUGUGGCUCUGCAGGGGCCUGGGACAGGCAGCAGCCACAGUGUGCAGCUGUGACCUGUCCUGCCCUGGAAGUGCCUGCCCAUGGGGCUGUGAACUGCUCCCAGCCCUCAGAGCAGCUCACCUGGGGAACCACCUGUGAGUUCAGCUGUGAGGAAGGAUUUACCCUGACAGGAGCAGCUACCCUGCAGUGUGGCUCUGCAGGGGCCUGGGACAGGCAGCAGCCACAGUGUGCAGUCAUACAGUGUGAAGCACUGAGCUCUCCUGAGAAAGGCUCCAUGGAUUGCUCCCACGGGGCUGGGAUGUUCACCUACAACACCUCCUGCCACUUCAGCUGCCUGGAAGGAUGGAGUCUCAAUGGCUCUCGUGUUCUGGAGUGCAGCCCCUCAGGAAACUGGAGUGCCAGCCUGCCCACAUGUGAAGCCUCUGACCAAGCCAGCUACAUCUCUGUGGGCAUAGCAGCCACCUCUGCCUCUCUGCUGUCCACAGCAUCGUUCCUCCUUUGGCUCGCAAGGCGCUUCCGGAGAAAAGCAAAGAAGUUUAUUCCUUUCAGGGACUGGCAGGAAACAGCCAGUGAAGGUAGCUUCCAAAGUGCUGGCGAGAAUGUCUAA